CACUCGUGGACAUUGGCUUUGUAUAAAUACUGAUCGGCCUAAGGAAUCUGCCUCUUGUACAUUUGGUUUAGGACAGAAAUAUUCAAGUGACACUCCAAAAUGGUAGCACUGUUUGUCGCCUCUGUGUUUGCCCUACUAGGGCUUGGCUUCUGUGGGAACUACACGGUGACGGAGGAAGCGUGGUUUGACGUCGAGAUUAAGGACAUGGACGGCCCCGGGGAGGACUACAGGGGCCGCUUUGUCAUUGCUCUGUUCGGAGAGACCUGCCCAAUGACUGCCAUGAACUUUGCAGCCAUAGCUAAGGGAUUCAAAAGAGCAAGGACAAGCCUUUGGUUCAAAAACACGAAGAUUCACCGCGUGGUGCCCGACUUCCUCAUUCAAAUGGGUGACGUCACAGUUGGUGACGGCACGGGCGGCAGAAGCAUCUACGGUGACAAGUUUGUGGACGAGAACUUCUACCUGAGCCACCGUGCCCCCGGCAUGGUCUCCAUGGCCAAUCACGGAAAGGACACAAACGGCUCACAGUUCUUCAUCCUGCUCAACAAGUCCCGCUGGCUGGACGACAAACACGUGGUCUUCGGCAAGGUCAUCAAGGGAAUGGAUGUUGUGAGAACAAUCGGUGAGGUUCCCACUGACAAAAGUAACGCCGUGCCCAAGAAGACUGUCAAAAUCAUUGACUGUGGUAUCAACGGUCUGGAGAAGAAGUACGAACUCACCAUGGAGCAAGUCGACUCCGAAGACGAUAUUUCUCAAGAUUAAAUCAACAAUUGCGUAGUUACUGUCUUCCAUGCGUUUUUAUAUAAUGAUCAAGUGUGUAUGUGUGUAGAGUGUGUUAUGCAAGUUAGUAAUGUGUCUUCCAUUUAUCUGUACAAUAACAUUUGCACUCAAAAUAGACACAGUCAUCUUAAUUUCAGAUGUCUUUAGUUUAAGUAUGCAUUGCAUUGUAUUGUCCCGCGGAAGCUACAUAUGUUUUUUCGAUGUCAAAUCGUUAAUUUGUAGUCGAUGUUCUACAAAGAAUACAGACGAAUUGCAAAAGUACAAUCGGAGUAUUUUGUGUUUGUUAAAGGUAGUAUUUAACUUCUUUUCUUGCACAUUAAUAAAAUUAUUUUGUAAACAGAAA